CGCCACAGCAAUUUUAGAUUAGAAUGUGCUUAAAUAAUAAUUUUGUUAUAGAAAUUUGAUCAACGUAAACGCAAUUAUUAACAAGUUUACUAAGAUUUUCAAUGAAUAUCUUAUAAAUAAGAAAACAAAGGCCAACUUUUUUCAUGUUUAAGAAUUCAUACAAAACGUUCUAAGAGUUUGUAUAAAAAAAGCAGAAAAAAAAAGACUGCGGGCAUAACUCUUACGUGCUAAUAUAUAUACAUAUAUAAACAUAAAUAGAUAUAAAUAGAUAAAUUUGUAAAUUAAUGAAAACAUAGGAAAGGAACUUAUUGGAUAUUUGCAAAUAAUAUUAAAAUAAAAUGACGUCUACGAAGCGUUCCGUUGAUUUUGAUGUAGACGAAGAUUUCGAUGAUGACGAUUCCGGUUCCGAUUUUGAUGAUGAUGAAGAUCCUGAUAAAAUAGAAGUGCCAGGUGGCGGUCGUGACUUACAAACGGCUGUUACAUACGCCAAGAACAAUAGUAUACAUAAUAACGGUAACAACAAUAAUUCGCUGUUAAUAUCAAAUCAAUCGGGUGCAGCGGCAACAGCGGUCUUUGCCAACAAUAACAACAUGCCUAAAAAAUCGACAACAUCAACCUCAUCAGCUCUUGGCUUAACAGCAGCUUAUCCGAGUAGUUCAGCAGCAGCUGCAGCGGCAGCGGCAGCAAAUGCUUUUGGCGGAUUGGCGCCAGGGGCGGCCGGAAGCUUACCACCGCCAUUCAAUGCCACGCAAUUGAUGAGUAUGGCUGCUUUGGCUGCAGCCGGUGGUUUGCCUCCUUUAGGUAACUCGCCAGCAGGCGGUAGUAGUAGCAUUAGUGGUGGUCCUACUCCUGGUUUCACUUCAGCUUCUAGAUCUUCUGCUCCUUCUUCCUCUUCAUACUACCAAGCAAACACCAGUUUUAAUAUGGCCGCGUCUUUAUUGGCGCAGAUGAGCAUGGGUUUAGGUUUUGAUGCAUCGGCGCCAACUACUCACAAUGCAGCCGGAGGAGGUGGAGGUGGCGUUGGGCUAACACCACAAUCGAAAAUCAAUGCCAUGGUCUUGCAGAAAAUACAAGCAUUGGUCGCCGCUAAUCCGGAAUUCCUAACCAGCGGUAUUCCCAAUCAGCUAUUGUCUCAACUGUUAAUGCAGCCAAUGAAGACGCCCAAUCCAGUUGUGCAAACCGAAGAGGAUGAGGUUGAUUAUGAAGAAAUGGGCGUGGCCGAAACUUACGCUGAAUAUUGGCCGGCCAAAUUGAAAUUGGGUAAAAAACAUCCGGAUCCUGUAGUAGAAACUGCGUCCCUUUCAUCGGUAGAGCCCUGCGACGUUUAUUAUAAAUUGGCUGUACCGUCUGAAACCAUACAAAGCGGUCAGCUAAGUGCUUUACAAUUGGAAUCUAUUACCUAUGCAUCGCAAGCACACGAUCAUCUUCUGCCCGAUGGUAGUCGCGCAGGUUUCUUAAUAGGUGAUGGUGCAGGCGUUGGAAAAGGACGCACCAUAGCCGGAAUUAUCUAUGAGAAUUACUUAAAGGGACGCAAAAGGGCACUAUGGAUUUCGGUAUCAAAUGAUUUAAAAUACGAUGCCGAACGCGAUUUAUCGGACAUAGGUGCGGCGAAAAUUGAAGUGCACCCCUUAAAUAAGUUUAAAUAUGCUAAAAUCUCUUCGGAUGUUAACAACAAUUGUAAAAAGGGUGUGAUUUUUAGCACCUAUUCCGCCUUAAUCGGGGAAUCAAAUAAUAAGACUGGAAAAUAUCGUUCACGGCUUAAACAAUUAUUGCAAUGGUGUGGCGAGGAUUUCGACGGUUUGAUUAUUUUCGACGAAUGCCAUAAAGCAAAGAAUUUAUGCCCAGUCGGUUCGGGUAAGCCUACAAAAACAGGCCAAACUGUAUUGGAACUGCAACAAAAAUUGCCAAAAGCCAGAGUCGUAUAUGCCUCGGCCACGGGCGCUUCAGAACCAAAAAAUAUGGCCUAUAUGGUACGCUUGGGUUUAUGGGGUCAGGGAACCGCCUUUCCUAACUUCAACGACUUUAUAACAGCUGUAGAGAAAAGAGGAGUUGGCGCUAUGGAAAUUGUAGCGAUGGAUAUGAAACUGCGUGGCAUGUACAUAGCUCGUCAGUUGAGCUUUCACGGUGUCACCUUCAAAAUAGAAGAGGUUCCUUUAUCGAAAGAUUUUCGUCGCAUUUAUGAUGAAUCAGUACAGCUGUGGGUCGAGGCGAUGCAAAAGUUUACCGAAGCUGCCGAAUUAAUUGAUGCCGAAAGUAGAAUGAAGAAGACAAUGUGGGGGCAGUUUUGGUCCUCGCAUCAGCGUUUUUUCAAAUAUUUAUGCAUUGCUUCCAAAGUAAAUCAUGCGGUACAUGUAGCUCGUGAGGCGAUUAAAUACGGCAAAUGCGUUGUAAUUGGAUUGCAGUCGACGGGAGAAGCGCGUACUUUAGAACAAUUAGAGAGAGAUGAUGGAGAAUUGACUGACUUUGUAUCGACAGCCAAAGGUGUCUUUCAAUCUUUGGUAGAGAAACAUUUCCCUGCGCCUGAUCGCAAUCGAAUAAAUCGUAUUUUAGGCCUAACGGGACCUUCAUCAGAAGAUAAGAAAUCUACCAUUAUUCCCGAGGUAAAUGCAAGCAAACAAAAGGAGGAAGCAUCCUCCUCUUCAACUAGCACCAAUAAUCAUAAUAAACGAAAAUCCGCCCGCCAAGAAGGAAAGUCGCUCAAAAAAUCGCGUCCAGAAGCUUGGCAUGAUUCUGAAGACGAUCAUGCUGGCGGCUCUGACAAUGAAUCCGAUUUUAAACUAUCUAAUUCCGAUACAGAAGAAUCUGAUAAUGCCAAUCGAAGCGAUAGCGCAGAAUCUUCCGACUUUAAUCCCUUCUUUAGCGGUUCCGAUAGUGAUAAUGAUCCUUGGGUGGCUCGUGCCAAAAAAAAGAAGAAAAAGAAAACUAAACCGAAAGAUAAUUCAUCGCAUCCAACAUUUGCGACAAAUGCUGCCGUCACAGCCUCCGCAAUUACCAUAAUGCCGAAAAAACGUGGUCCUGUAAGCACGCAAGAUAAAAUACAAGAUUUGUUGCAAAAAAAACAAGAACUAAAAGGCACCGUCACUCAAAUAGGAGUGCAUGGAGUUCGUUUGAAUUAUGGUCCACCGCCCAAAGAUGCCAUCGAACGGGCAUGCAGUAUGAAGGAAGAGCUAUUACGUAAAAUUGAACUUUUGGGAGAACGCUUGCCACCAAACACACUUGAUCAGUUAAUCGAUGAGCUAGGCGGGACAGAAAAUGUAGCUGAAAUGACGGGACGUAAAGGGCGUGUUGUACAAGCCGAUGAUGGUUCUAUACAAUAUGAGUCCCGUUCUGAACAAGAUGUUCCCUUAGAAACGUUAAAUAUUACAGAAAAACAACGCUUUAUGGACGGGGAAAAGGAUGUGGCUAUCAUUUCGGAGGCCGCGUCCAGCGGUAUAUCGUUACAAAGUGACCGCCGAGUCCGUAAUCAAAGACGGCGUGUACACAUUACACUCGAGUUGCCGUGGUCUGCCGAUCGCGCAAUACAACAGUUUGGUCGCACGCAUCGUUCUAAUCAAGUGAAUGCACCCGAAUAUAUAUUUCUUAUCUCCGAUUUAGCGGGUGAGCGACGUUUCGCUUCAACGGUGGCCAAGCGAUUGGAAUCAUUGGGCGCCUUAACCCAUGGCGAUCGUAGGGCUACCGAAACCAGAGAUCUUUCGCAAUUUAACAUUGAUAACAAAUACGGUCGUACCGCUUUGGAAACUGUGAUGAAAACGAUAAUGGGCUAUGAGCAACCAUUGGUACCGCCACCCAAUGAUUACCGCGGUGAUUUCUUUAAGGAUAUAGCUGGCGCCUUAGUCGGAGUAGGUAUUAUAGUAAAUAGUGAAACGAAUCCAGGGGUAUUGAGUCUGGAUAAGGAUUACAAUAAUAUAUCGAAAUUCCUAAAUCGUAUUUUGGGCAUGCCGGUAGAAUUACAAAAUCGUCUCUUUAAAUACUUUACCGAUACGUUGGCGGCCAUUAUUAAUCAAGCGAAAAAGGGUGGACGAUUUGAUUUGGGCAUCUUAGAUCUUGGGGCAGCCGGUGAAAAUGUAACGCGAGUUAAAUUGGUGCGUUUCCUGCGUAAACAUGCUACUGGUAAGGCGCCCACCGAGCUGCAUAUUGUCAGAGUAGAGAGAGGCAUGAUAUGGCAAGAGGCUAUUGACAAAUACACAGAUUUAGUUAGCGAAAGUGAAGGCUUUUAUAUAUCGCAUCAGUUACGCAAUAAUAAACGCACUGCAAUUUUGGCUGCAGAAAUUGAACAACCAUCACAACCUCCUGCCACAGCUACCAACACAGCAACCGGUAAAAAAUCGAAAGAGAAAAUUCAAAGCAAAAAAGACAUCAUGUUUCAUGUUUAUCGUCCAAAUACCGGUCUACAAGUUCGACAUGAAUCCUUGGCUGAAAUUGAGAAGAAAUACAAAAAAGUAACCAGCGAGGAGGCCGAACCGCAUUGGACGCAACAAUAUGAUGCCUCUGUUAAUACGUGUUCACAUGCUUAUUGGAAUGCUAACUGCCGUAAUGUUAAUAUGGGCACAGAGUGCGAGGUGGGUUUGCGACAACGUUUAUAUUAUGUAUUAGCCGGUUCAGUUUUAUCGGUGUGGGCACGAGUAGAGCAAAUUCUAGCUAUGCGUAAUGCCAAUAAUAAGAUGCAAGUAAUACGGAUGAAAACUACUGAAGGGGAGAAAAUCGUCGGUACUCUUAUACCUAAAUCAUGCCAUGAACUGCUCUUACAAGAUUUAAAAUCUGACGCUGAGAAAGUGGAAGAGAUAAAUUUUUAAAGGGAAAAUUGGAAAAAUUUGCUUAAAACACGUAAAAAGCACUCAAAGAACGACAAUAGUAGAAAUAAUGCGUAAAAGCAAUGAAAAAAAAAAGAGUUCAACGUAUAAAGUUUAAGCAGAUUUGACGGCAAACGAGAAAGACUGGUAGCAAAAUGAAAACGUUAUGAAGGACAUUGAUGAGGAUGAGGAUGAGGAUGAGUCUCAUGUCAACUUUAAAGUUGAAAACGCGAUAUGUAAAAGUAUUUGUUUUUAAUAAUAUCCUUUUUUUAGUUUAUUCCCAAAUUAUUGAAGGGGUUUUUCCUUUUCUCAAUUUAUUGUCACAUUAUUGAAAAAAAUGUUUAGCCUUUUUCUUUAUUUUUACUCUCAAUUUAUCGAGAAUAUCAUCUUUAUAUUUUAUUUUCAAAUUAAUUUUUUCAUUUUAUUUUCUUUUACAAACACUUGCAAAACGACGCUUAUUUUAUGGACUUAAUAUGCUUGAAUUUAUUUAUACAUAUAUAUA